CUCUCGCCUGCUAGGGGCUUCUCUCCCGGGGACUCGGGACUCCCGGGAAGUGGACUGGCAGGGGAGGGGGCGAGCUAGCUGUAGCUCCGGACCGAGGAGGAGACCCCGGUGUGAGGCGGCCUCUCAGCGCCGGGUGGGCUGGUGAGCCGACUCGGCGGCGGCGGAGUCUGUAAGGAACGCGUGGGCUAGGGACCGGCACAGAGGCCGGCACAGAGAAACCAUGGCCCCGCAGAACCUGGGCACCUUCUGCCUGUUGCUGCUGUACCUCCUCGGGGCCGUGAUCGCCGGGCGAGAUUUCUAUAAGAUCUUGGGGGUGCCUCGAAGUGCAUCUAUAAAAGACAUUAAAAAGGCCUACAGGAAACUGGCCCUACAGCUUCACCCUGACCGGAACCCCGAUGAUCCUCGAGCUCAGGAGAAAUUCCAGGAUCUAGGUGCUGCUUAUGAGGUUCUGUCAGACAGUGAGAAAAGGAAACAAUAUGAUACUUAUGGUGAAGAGGGAUUAAAAGAUGGGCAUCAGAGCUCCCAUGGAGACAUUUUUUCACACUUCUUUGGAGAUUUUGGUUUCAUGUUUGGAGGAACCCCUCGUCAGCAAGACAGAAAUAUUCCAAGAGGAAGUGAUAUUAUUGUAGAUUUGGAAGUUACUUUGGAAGAAGUAUAUGCGGGAAAUUUUGUGGAAGUAGUUAGAAACAAACCUGUGGCAAGGCAGGCUCCUGGCAAACGAAAAUGCAACUGCCGGCAAGAGAUGCGGACUACCCAGCUGGGCCCGGGGCGCUUCCAAAUGACCCAAGAGGUGGUCUGUGAUGAAUGCCCUAAUGUCAAACUAGUGAAUGAAGAACGAACGCUGGAGGUAGAAAUAGAACCUGGGGUGAGAGAUGGCAUGGAGUAUCCCUUUAUUGGGGAAGGUGAGCCUCAUGUGGAUGGAGAGCCAGGAGACCUGCGGUUCCGAAUCAAAGUUGUCAAGCACCCAAUAUUUGAAAGGAGAGGAGAUGAUUUAUAUACAAACGUGACAAUCUCAUUAGUCGAGUCUCUGGUGGGCUUUGAUAUGGAUAUUACUCACUUGGAUGGCCACAAGGUACAUAUUUCCCGGGAUAAGAUCACCAGACCAGGAGCCAAGCUAUGGAAGAAAGGAGAAGGGCUCCCCAACUUUGACAACAACAACAUUAAGGGCUCUUUGAUAAUCACUUUCGAUGUAGAUUUUCCAAAAGAACAGUUAACAGAGGAAGCAAGAGAAGGUAUCAAACAGCUACUGAAACAAGGAUCAGUGCAGAAGGUAUACAAUGGACUGCAAGGAUAUUAAGAGUGAAUAAAAUUGGACUUUGUUUAACAUAAGUGAAUCAGCGAUAUUUAUUAUCAACAGGGGUUUUUGUGUGUGUGUGUGUGUUUUUGUUCUUAUUUUCAAUAUGCAAGUUUGGCUUAAUUUUUUUCUCCUGAUGAUUGUCAUGAAAUGAGCAAGAGGGUUUAAGAAUUUGUCCAUUUGUAUUCAGAAAAGAAUGACCAGCAAAAGGUUUAAUAAUACCUCUCCCUUUGGGGAUUAAUGUCUGGUGCUGCUGGCUGAGUUUCAAGAAUUAAAGCUGCAAGAGGACUCCAGGAGCAAAAGAAACACAAUAUAAAGGGUUGGAGUUCAUUGUUAGCUGUUUCAUUCAAAAUGCCAACUGGAGAAGUCUGUUUUUAAAUACAUUUUGUUGCUAUUUUU